GUGUUAUUUGCAGGAAGAUCGUGUUUGUAGUCACGUAGCAGACAACAGUUAUGGAAAGAAAAGUCAACAAUAACACAAAUGAUGCCCAGCUGUCAUCUUUGUAGUGUUUUUUUGAUCUUCUCGUAUUGAUAUCGUCGAAAUUCCAAGUACUUAUUCUGCUGCCAUUCACCACCUUAAAAUGGCUUUUGCUUACAUUUACAUAGGCUAGGGUAGGGACGAACGAACAAGUUGCAUGCGAUCUUAUGUGAUCCAUUUGCCAACAAAGUCCAUACUUUCACUAUGGUUGAGGCCGCUCCUGCUUCUGCUGGCAAUUUAGAAUACGCUUCGAGAAUGAAUUUCAUUUACCAAGAAGUUCCUCGGGGUUACCAAGGUCCAGCAAACCGUUUAAGAUCCCUCCCUCAUCCUCCCAAGAAAGCCUAUGUACGAUUUCUAAACACAUCAAAUGUUCCAGUAAUGGUUAAAUGGAUAGAUUUUGAUGGAACUCCAAAGAUCUACAGAAUUAUUGGUCCAAAUCAAUAUUUUGACUGUGAUACAUUUGUGGACCACGCUUGGGUUUUCUCAGAUUUAAGCACCGGCGACCCACUGUGUGUUGAAAAAAACGAAAUCUUUUGGCCCAGAGCUUAUAUUGUCUCUGAAAAUGGAGUCCUUGUGCCAAAACGUUAUGUUGUGAAAAUUCACAAACCCGUACUUACUCUACUGACCUUAGCUGCUCGAUUAACACGAGACAAGCUGCUUGAUUUAACAGAACCAUUUUUCCUUGAGGUCCCUGCUCACUUACAGACUUUGCUGGUGAAGUUAAAGCUAGAUGUUUGGGAAGCAGCACCUGAUGGCCGGCCAAAUUCUCCAUCUCUUGUGCCAGAUUACCCAUCAGAUGUCAUUUUGAAGAGUGAUUAUGAAGACUUCCAGAGCAACAUUAUUUAUAUUAGUUACAGACUUUCUAUGCAUGCCAAGAAACUCUUGUCUUUGGCAAGAAGUAAGACUAGUGGAGAGAGAGGCUACAUUCUCACUAAAACCCUUGAGCAACUUAUUAGUGCUCUUGGCUAUGAGUUUGAUUAUUACGACCAACCAGAAAAGUAUACAAGAAAAAUUGCACCAAUUAUUUGGAAACAGAUGAUAUUUGUGAGAGUUUAUGUUGAUCUUCUGCAGAAAUUCUGUGCACCAGUGAACACUAGGCCAGAUGAAAAUACUUAUUCUAAUUAUAAUAGUUUGAGGGAGGCAACAGAAAGACGUUAUGCUUGUAUGGUUGAAGAGCAUAAAACCACUGUUCAGCGUUACCUCUGGGAACAACUAUGUCUCCUCCUUGGUAAAUCAGAAUUUGAAAGAUCUGAUAAAGUUAAUGAUACAGCAUAUCAUAUUCCUGAAUUACUCCCAUUAACUGAGAGAAAAGAAUGGGAGUGGAUAAGUGUGCGACAGAAACAACUUAAAAACGUAUCCGUUAAAGAGGAUACAUAUGAAUACAAUUUGAGCCUAGCAGAACAUCUGUCAAAUAUGUCAACUAAACUUGAAAAUAUAUUUCAGGUGCUGUGCUGUUUCCAUUACCAUCUCACUGGUCAUCACUUGACUGAAGAAAAUCCUGACGAAGAUGAAAAUAAUGUAUCUGAGGCAAAUAGAAGAGAACAAAAAAAUGGGGAUGGUGAAAGUACCGUAUGAGAAUAGGCUGGAAUUUUAAAGAAAGGCAUAGGAAUCAAACACUCAAUUGUAUGAACUGCUUCUCUUGUUUCAACAGCUGGACCCUUUUUUUUCAUUAAUCAAGUUACUGCAAUGAAAUAUCUGAUUGAAUCUUA